AUGAGUCAUUGUAGAGACGAACACGAUCAUUCUCAGGAUGGCCAUGGACAUGGUCACCAUGAUCACGAACAUGAUCACGAUGGGCCAGAACGCGGAGCUGAAGAAUCACUUUAUUCACGUAUAGAUCGUGAUAAUGUUCGUUGCUUAAAUGAGCGUGAACCUAAUUCAGGCAAAAAUGUUAUAAAACCCUGGAAUGAAAGAGAGGACACAACUAAGCAUGUGGAAAGUGAUAUUGAUGAACAAUUAAUUAUUUUUAUUCCUUUUACUGGUAGUAUUAAAUUAAAAUCAAUUUCGAUUAAAGCGGGACCAGGUGAUAGUUGUCCAUCAACGUUAAAAGCUUAUAUUAAUCGAGAUGAUGUGGACUUUGAUACAGUAGAAGGAUUUACUGCAACUCAGGAAUGGGAAUUAGUACAAUCACCGGAUGUCGUGGAAUAUCAAACGAGAAUAGCAAAGAUGUAUAAUGUAAGAAAUUUGACACUUUACUUUCCUGAAAAUUUCGGAGAUGAAGUAACCAGAAUUUAUUAUAUUGGACUCAAAGGAGAAUGGACUGAGAUCAAGAAGGAUCAUGUUAUAACCCUUUAUGAAGCUACACCUAAUCCUGCUGACCACAAAAAUCCUACCGGUGAAAACAAGGCUUAUCAAGCUAUCGAUUAG